AUGUCUUCGGCGUCGGCUCCAAAAGACACGAAGGUCAAGCAUCGCGCCUGCGACGAGUGUAGAAAUCGCAAGCUAGCUUGCUCAAAAGACCCAGAUGGCUGUCAGCGUUGCAAGCGAGAGAACAUCGUAUGCCAUUACUCCGAACAGAAGCCUAUGGGACGACCUAGGAAACGGCAGUUUAUCGAGACGACCAGAGACGACCCUAUGCCCGAUCCAACUCUACACUCACUCGAUCUUGGACCACUACCAUUCGUCGCCGAUGAUCUCGAUUUUUAUAAUUAUGAUGGCGCAACAGCUGAGCCAUACUAUACGAACACACAGGCGGCUCGUGCGGUUCCCGCCGAACCUGCCAAGCCAGGAGUUGCUUCACAGAUUGCGAAUGAAAACGCUACAUGGCACUUCAAAACUAGCAACAUCCUCGGGACUGCUCCUAUUGAUUUUACAGAUAUGGAUUUAGGUCCUACGGGUGGGGCGAAUCCAAUCUUCGAUCAAGUGCCACCGCUAGCGUCAGCAGCCUCGAAUGGCUCCACGCCUGAGAGCGGGGAUUCUCCUAUUGCAAGCACGGGAUCGCCCUGCAGCUGUCUUGCCACUAUGUAUCUUUCAUUAUCCUCUCUUCAACAGUUUCCAUCGGAUGUUGUUUCAGCCCUGAACACUGUUCGCGGAGCAGCAAGAACAGCUUCAAAUGCUAUUUGGUGUGCCAAAUGCGGGUCUUCCAUGAUGCAACAGCGCAAACCUGCUAUUGACGCUUUUCAAAAUACCAUGUUGGUCGGAACGCUAUUGCCGGUUAUUGCUCAUGGCUAUCAUAGAUUGUUGAAAAUGAUCGAUGAGGAAACAGAUGCAGCAGUGGCUGCGGGUCAAACGAAAACAUUUAGGUUUCACGAUUAUGGAGGGCUCUGUGCUUACCAAGAUUCAAUUAUGGGGGAAAUGGCCUGCAUAGAGAAGGAAUUGAUGUUUAACGCCGUGGAGAUGCCGCCCGUACAAUGGCGACAGACCGUCCGGGCUUUGUUGCGUGUGGACAUUUAUGGGCAUGAGCAGGGCAAUUUCCAACAUAAAGGUUUGAAAGAUUUGGUUACACAAAUAGAGAGUCGCCAGAAGCUUCGCCAUGAAUGGCUUGAUGGUUUAGAUGAUAACGGCACGCCAUUUGGCCCGAGACUCUGCAUUGGAGAACAGACCCAUGGCUGCAUACAAAUACUGGAGAUGGCGAAACUUGCAAUCAACAAUUUGGUAAUUGCCUAG